UGUAAAUAAAAGGGAAUAAAUUUGUAAUGGACGCACGAAGACGUGAUAGAGAACAAAUCGGGUUAUGUGGUGUUGAUAGAAUUUGGGGUAAAUCACCAACGCGAAUUGAAGACUCUGAUGAAGAUGAGGACAUCAACAAAUAUAAGGAUAGCAUUGUCCCGAAAGAUAGGAAAAGGAAACACGAGAUGAAGAAGAAGAAAAGUAAAAAAUUAAAGAAGGAAAAGAAGUCCAAAAAGGAUAAGAAGAAGAAACGUAAAAAGAAGAAAAAGAAGUCAGACAGCAGUUCUGAUAGUGAUUCAGAGGAACUUGAAUGGGUUGAGAAAAAUGAAAGUAAUGAUAAAGCAAAAGUUAAAAAGGGAUCUAGCUCAGAUGACAGUGGUGAUGAAAGUAUAUUAGGACCAGUUCAAAAACCACAUGUGACAUUAUCUGCCAAAGAUUUUGGUAAAGCACUUUUGCCUGGAGAAGGUGCUGCUAUGGCUGCUUAUGUUGCAGAAGGCAAGCGUAUACCUAGAAGAGGUGAAAUUGGCUUGACAUCAGAUGAAAUUGCUUCAUAUGAAUCUGUGGGUUAUGUUAUGAGUGGUAGCAGACACCGGAGAAUGGAAGCUGUCCGUAUUCGUAAGGAGAACCAAAUUUAUUCUGCUGAUGAAAAACGUGCAUUGGCUAUGUUCAGUAAAGAAGAAAGACAGAAACGAGAGAACCUUAUUUUGGGACAAUUUAGAGAAAUGGUUAAUCAGAAAUUAGCUCAAGAGCAGAACAAUAAAUAAGACAGUUUUACACAGAAAGAUAAGUGACUAUUUACAUCUUACUUGACACAGUGAUAA